CCCUUCGCCCGGACCCAACGCGAGCUUCCCGCUUCCGCCCCGAGCCCGGGGCCUCGCGUGGGCCGUGACGCCACCGCGCCCUGACGUCACGCCGACGUGCAGCGCGGUCUCCCAGGAGACUGGGGAAGCCGUUUCGCACCCGGCGGCGUCCUGGUCUAGAUUAUUUUACUUCAGAGCUUCUUCAGUGUAUUUUGGGAAAUUAUGGAUCGUCACGUUCCCAUGCAUGCGUUACCUGAAGAAAUCCAAAAGAUGCCCUCUGAAGAAAAAGUUUGUAAGUACUGUGGAGUAAGCUAUCUCAUUCUUCAUGAGUUUAAAGCUAUGGAAGAAAAAGUGAAAGCGAUGGAAAAAGAGAUGAAAUUUUAUCAAGGAAGUGUAGAACGUGAAAAGAAACUUCAAGAAAAGCUACAUUCUCUUAGCCAAGAUUUUGAACAAUACAAAAUUGACAGUGACUCCAAAACAGAAAGAAUCCAAGCUGGAAGCAUGCAGUUAAAAAAUCAGCAAAAUGAAAUUCAAAGACUACAGAAAGAGCUGAAUCAUUUACAACAUGAGUUAAAUAUUAAACAGAGACAAUCACAGGUCUUCAGAAAUCUGGUAUUGAGCCAGCAGUUGAACCCAACUCGCCAUUUUCAUCAGGAUGAUCAGUAUUCAAGCUUGGCUUCUACAAUAGCUUUGGCACAAGUCUUCUAAAAAUAGAGGUACUAAAUAAAAGUCUGGCGGUGUCCCACAGAAAUAAGGUAUGCUUAGAAGAGGAAAUGAAAAACCUGAAGUUGUUGUCAGAUGCAGCCAUUCUGAGGUCUCAGCAGAUUGAGGCGUCUAAACAACAGGAAGUGAACCUGCAAACCAGAUGCCAUGACUUACAAAAAGAUGUUCUAGGUAAAAGAUUUUUUUUGUGUGUGUGUGUAUGUUAGCAACUGUCCAUAAUAAAUGUCUAAAUUUGUAUUUCUCUUAAAAUCACAAUAAAAUUAUCUUUUUAUUA